AUGCCGAAAGGGAAAAUGUCGAAAAAAUUAUAUUGGCAUGAAACAUUGUCAGUUAAUAUUUUAGAGAAUUAUCUAUCUCAAGCUUCUUCAACAUCUACAACUCAACAACAAUCUACAGGAAUAUCAGAUGUGGUAAAUCAAAUGGACCAUCAUGAUUUUAUUCUAAAUACAUUAAAUGAAUGGUGCGAAAAGAAUUUGAAAUUGAACAAUAAGACCUUAAUUGAGAAUGAAGAUUUUAAACUUCUACUUACACAAGGUGCGUCAGAAGGUGUUUGUAUUAUAUGUUCAUAUCAAGUAAAAUUUCAUCUUACACGUGUUCGUCAUCAUUUUUCGUUAAAUAAACAUAUCAAUAUAAGUAUUCACGUGACAUUCAAAGGAGAAAAGUUUUUUGAGUUGAUUCAACAGAAAUGUGGUCAAGCCUUUAAAGAAUUAAUGGAAAUACUUUCAAUCAAUACAGUAUAUAAACUGCUUUUGGUUGAAGAUGACAUUCUACCUGUUUUCCAGAAAAAAUAUCGAGAAUUAGAGAAAGUAACACAACGAGCAUGUCUUCAUCUUGAUGAUGGGACAAUUAUGCUCAAGCCUAGUUUACGUAUGGAUUUCGAUCGUUUUAUCCGAUCUCUUCAUGAUAUAAACGAUAAACAAAAAGAACAGAAAGAAAUAGUGAAAAAAACUGAAGAUAUUAUUUCUUUAUUUAAGAAUUUAGUUAAGUCAUAUCAAUUCAAUGAAAGUGUUGAUACACAACAGAGCCCCAAGCAGGCCACGUCUUCGAGGCCUGCAGGUCUGUCAGCAUUUUAUAGCUGA